AUGACGACAAGAUACAGAGUAGAAUACGCUCUCAAGAGUCACCGCCGCGACAACUUCAUCGAGUGGAUCAAGGGUCUCUUGGCUGUGCCGUUCGUCCUACACUCGCAACCGCGUGUCAACCCUUCACCUGCGGAGAACGGGGUCGCUUGGAAAGCCCCAUCUGCGGAUACGCGAUCUCGUUAUGCUGAGGUGUUCCACGACAUUGAGGAGUUGGUUGAUGAUCAUAUCGCGCAUGCUGAGCAAGGCACUGUCGACCAAUCCAAGCUGAAGCUGUUGGUACCCUCGGUCGGUACAUUCUGGACAAAGCUGCCAUUGGAGAGAGCAUUCUUGGCUAAUGAAGAAAGACGGGCUAUAUCAGCACGGAGGUUCGUGGCGCCAUCGUUCAACGAUGUUCGAUUGACCCUUAAUUCGGCUCAGCUCAUGGCUCUGGUGGACGACCUGAAACUGAUUACCUUCGACGGAGACGUGACGUUGUACAAUGACGGAGGUGCUCUAUCGCCUGACAACCCAGUCAUCCCUAGAUUGAUCGCACUGCUUCGCGCUGACAUCCACGUCGGAAUUCUGACAGCCGCUGGUUAUGAAGAGAAGAACGGUGUCAAGUACCGUGAACGGAUUUACGGCUUGCUCGACGCCGUUGCCGCAUCGGACCUCACGGAGGAGCAGAAGAAACGCAGAUUAAUCCUUCUUGGAGGGGAGUCGAACUACCUUUUACGAUACAGUUCAGAGGCUGAGACGGGGCUUGAAUGGGUUGACGAAGAGGAGUGGCAGCUUGACAUUAUGAAAGCGCUUAAAGACGAAGAUAUUCAUCAGUUCUUGGACAUUGCAGAGACAGUUCUUCGGGAAUGCAUUGACAUGAUGCGACUUCCUGCAACGAUCUUGAGGAAAGGGAAAGCUGUGGGGAUGAACCCCACUCCCGGAAAGACCCUCUCACGCGAGCAGCUCGAGGAGGUGGUGUUGGCUGUACAGCGAACACUGAUGUUUGCCGAAGUUUCUCAAAGAAUCCCGUUUUGUGCAUUCAACGGCGGUGCUGAUGUUUGGGUCGACAUUGGAGACAAACGACUCGGUGUCGUUAGCCUACAGACUUGGCUUGGAGGUAUUCACGGGCGUUGCACAUUACACGUCGGUGACCAAUUUUUGUCGCUGGGGCAUAACGAUUUCAAAGCCCGCCUUGCCGCGACAACAGUCUGGAUUGCAAGUCCUUCCGAGACAGUGGAGGCAUUGGACGAAUAUCUAGAACUUAGACGGAGAGCGUCUAGCUGCUUGGGAUUAACGUAA